GGCGGGGCGUGCACACGCUGGCUUGCUGCCGCCGGGCAUGGAGGGCGCCGAGGCGGCCGCCUGCGGCAGCAGCAGCUCCGCACAGCCCCGCUGCUCCUCCUGCGGCUCCGGGCCGGCCGGCAGCGGCGAGGCGGCAGCUGCUGCUGCUGCUGCUGCUGCUGCGGCGGCGGCGGCCGCCGCCAUGGAGGAGCCGCUCGGGGAGGCUCCGUCCCCGGAGGUAACGGCGGCAGUAAGGAAGCAGCAGGGAGUGAAGCGGCAUCACCACAAGCACAACCUGAAGCAUCGCUACGAGCUGCAGGAGACCUUGGGCAAAGGCACCUAUGGCAAAGUAAAGCGGGCCAUCGAGAGGUUUUCUGGCAGAGUGGUUGCCAUAAAAUCCAUUCGUAAGGACAAAAUUAAGGAUGAACAAGAUAUGGUUCACAUCAGACGGGAGAUUGAGAUCAUGUCAUCCCUCAGCCACCCUCAUAUCAUCACCAUAUAUGAAGUGUUUGAAAAUAAAGAUAAGAUUGUGAUCAUCAUGGAGUAUGCAAGUAAAGGAGAGUUGUAUGAUUACAUCAGCGAGAGGCGGCGACUGAGCGAAAGAGAGACAAGGCACUUCUUCCGACAGAUAGUCUCUGCUGUACAUUACUGCCACAAGAAUGGUGUUGUCCACAGGGACCUAAAACUGGAAAACAUCCUUCUUGAUGACAAUUUUAAUAUUAAGAUUGCUGAUUUUGGACUCUCCAACCUGUACCACAAAGACAAGUUUCUGCAGACCUUUUGUGGAAGCCCGCUGUAUGCUUCCCCUGAAAUAGUUAAUGGAAGACCUUACAGAGGCCCAGAGGUUGACAGCUGGGCCCUUGGUGUAUUGCUUUACACUCUGGUUUAUGGAACGAUGCCCUUUGAUGGCUUCGAUCACAAAAAUCUCAUCAGGCAGAUCAGCAGUGGAGAGUAUCGUGAGCCAACACAGACCUCAGAUGCUCGUGGUCUUAUCAGGUGGAUGCUGAUGGUGAACCCCGAACGCCGAGCAACCAUUGAAGACAUUGCCAAUCACUGGUGGGUUAACUGGGGCUACAAGAGUAGUGUUUGUGACUGUGAUGCCGUGAAGGACUCUGAGUCCCCCUUACUGGCGAGGUUCAUUGACUGGCAUCACAGAUCUACUGGCCUCCAACCAGAGACUGAUACCAAAAUGAAGUGCCUUUCUAAGCCCAAAGGUCCUGAGGCUACAUUAGAGAGACAGAGGUCUCUGAAAAAGUCAAAAAAGGAAAAUGACAUUGCACAGUCUGUCCAGGAAGGAGGAGCUGACAAUGCAUCCAAACCCACCUCCAAGAGACCCAAAGGCAUCUUGAAGAAAAGGAGCAACAGUGAACAUCGAUCUCACAGUGCAGGUUUCAUUGAAGGAGUGGUCAGCCCAGUAUUACCCUCUGCUUUUAAGCUGGAACAAGAGUUGUGUAGGACUGGCAUAGCCAUUAAAAGUGUUGUCGAGGGAGAAAUAGCAGGCAAAUAUGGCACUAAGCAGUCUUCACUAAUGCCAAAAAAAGGAAUCUUAAAGAAGACUCAGCAAAGGGAGUCUGGCUAUUACUCCUCUCCAGAACGAAGCGAAUCUUCUGAACUCUUGGACAAUAAUGAUGAGACAGUCAACAGUGACACUUCUCCUGGAGUCACUGAGCCAUCCAGAAAUGGGUUUUACAGCCAUUCCUGCAGGCGUAAGGGCAUCUUGAAACGUAACGGCAAGUAUUCCGCCAGCAGCACCGAGGCUGCUUUGCUGAGCCCUGACACACCAACACUGGAGGCUAUGGAAGAAGUGGUCCUGCCUGGGGAUGCAUUACCUCGAAGUUACAGUCGCCCUUCCAGCGUGAUUAGUGAUGACAGUAUUUUGUCCAGUGACUCCUUUGAUUUGCUGGAUUUGCAAGAGAACAGGCCAAACAGACAGAGGAUACGCAGCUGUGUCUCUGCUGAGAAUUUCCUCAAGAUCCAAGACUUUGAAGGGCUUCAGAACCGCCCACGGCCGCAGUACCUAAAACGUUAUCGCAAUCGUCUUGGGGACAGCAGUUUUUCCCUUCUGACAGACAUGGAUGAUGUGACUCAGGUCUACAAGAAAGCCCUAGAGAUCUGCAACAAGCUCAACUAGCAGACAGAAAUGGAAAGGGAAGGAAUGGAGUUUUUCUGUGUACCUUUAUGAUGGAGUAAGCCAGGUCACUGAUUUGCUGACAAUGGUAGGUUUUGCUGACUGUACCUACUUAGCUGAACUCCUAGUAAAGUAACCCCAAAGACAUCUCACACUUCUGUAACUGUGUGCCCUCAAAAUAUUACUACCUGACUAGAGAAAAACCUUUGGUCUUUGUGUAUGUGGUAAAAGCACAUCAGAAUCUAGCAGACAAAAGCAUCAAGAUUUGAUAGCUUGAAGUCAAAGCUAGACAGAAUUAAAACUGGAAGUGAGUGACACAAAUUCUGGGAGGUUCAUAGUUGGUGUUAAAUUAGGUUUAUCAAGAGAUGAUCUGAAUACUUCAAGUCAAACUGUGAUGUCUUUUAGAAAGAGAGCCUUUAUUUUCCCCUGAAGUUAUUAAUCAGGAUAUAGGCAUUGCACAUUGGGAAUCUUUUGCUUACUUCAUGCAGAAAGCCAGGCUGGGUGGUCACCAUGGUUCCUUCCACCAGGGUGACCUGAGAGGUACUGAAUGAAUCCUGGGACAGACAACUUGUGAAACUCACCUCAGAACAGCUUCAUGAGGUGCAUGUGGGCAAAUGGUGGCUAUUCAGAUCUGGCUGCUUCCACAGCCAUGCUCUUCAGUGAGCAGGAAGCCCUAAAAUUGUUUCUAGCUACUGCUCCUACCACAAAAAUGAAGUCACAGAACUUACAAUGAGAAGUGGAAGGAAUGGAAGUUAGCAGCAGCUAAAGCACUUUUUAAGGCAUUUCAACCCAUUGUGUCCAAUUUAUGACUCUUUCAAAAUGGCUAGCCAGAUGAAUGCCCAGACACAGACAGAGGUAACAAAAGAUCUCAAGGGUUAACUGACCCUCCAAUCUAGUGUUCAGAUGCUGUCAGCAAAUGAUGCAACCUUGCUGUUAGCUUGUAGUAUUUGAGAGUGAUAGGUAGUUUGCAACCAGAAUGUUAGGUUAAAAAAACAAAGGGUUGUAGCAAGUAGGAAAUGGAUAGAGGUCAGAAAGUUAGUAGGAAGAUGCCUUUCACCAAAUGAAAAAGUGUCUAGCUAGGUAGUAAAGGAACAGAAAGACUUGAGCAAUGAAAUGAUAAUGGUAGAUUUGAUAACAGAGUUGACAGAAAAUUGCAGGCUUCUCUCUCUCUCUAGUGUAGCUGGUACCGUGUGUGCAACGAUACCAGCUUGAGGAAAACAAAGAAGAAUGUGUUUGUGUUCUCAGACAUAUCUACCUAUCCAGACUGAAGGCUUCAACUCCCAUAAAGGUACCACAUGGGUCUACUGGAUUACCUGAAUGUAAGCCUAUGUCAGAAAGGCACUGUGUGUUUGACAGGCCUGGGCAAACUGGAAUCUAAAGGCCCAUUUCAGUCUCAUUUCUGUGAGCACAUAGCCUCUGGCUUUUCAGAGCUUUCUUGGAGGUGCACUGGUGCAAACAAGGGGCAGGUUUCAGUCUGCAAUGUCAAAUGAUCCACAGCUGCAAAACUUACAUCUACAGGCAAAUGCAGAGCAGAAGCAUGGGGCAAAUUCUAUUCUCAGUCCUACCCUCUAACUGGGACUGAAACCAGAAUUUGGCCCAUUGUGUCCAAAAUCCUAGAGACUGCAUGGAAACAGAAUAGAGUUUCUCUGGGCAUUGGGGAUAACCCCAAAAAUCAUUGGUGUCUGAGGCAGAGAGUAUCUCACUUGAAGGUUCCUUAUUCAGUGUGUCCUGGUACUCAAGUCUGCUGGUUCUUCCAACUGGGCUGCCUAGCAUAAAGAUGAAUGAGCUUGUAUUUCCUGAAUCAGUUGAUUUGGCUGUAUGAAGAACCUUAUUGUGAAAAACUGGACCAAAUUUGGCCCAGAGGUAAAUGGCAUCAAUAGCACGAAAUAUGAGACAUGUGUGCUCUCAGGUGGUCAAGUGAAAUCUGUCUCACUGUCUGCUUCAAAGAAUCAUAGAGUGGUUCGGGUUGGAAGAAACCUUAAAGAUCAUCUAGUUCUAACCUGCCUGCCACGUGCAAGGACACCUUCCACUAGAUCACAUUGCUCAGAGCCAUCCAACCUGGCCUUGAACUCUUCCAGGGAGGGGGGCAUCCACAACUUCUCUGGGUAACCCGUUCCAAUGCCUCACCAUCCUCAGAGUAAAAAUUUUCUUCCUAAUGUCUAAACUAAAUCUACCCUUUCUCAGUUUAGAUGUUUGCUCAGGAAGGGCAAUUGCAGGUAUUUUCUCUACAGAUGUGUACUUCUCUGUAUGAUAUUCAGAUGUGCCAUCUUCUUACAGGCCCUGCAUGUGCUCUUUUAGCCCAUCUGAAAUCAACAUCUCAUUUUGCGGUGUUACUGAGUUUGCUGCGGGGCAUUUUAAAACUACUCAACAGAGUCUCCAUGCCCUCUCUGAAACAAAGAUGUGCUUUGCAGCCAUUGCUUUUAACUUGGGCCCUGGAGCAUAAGAGCCAGAUCCUCAACUGGAGACAGUCAGCACUGUCCUGCUGAUGUAAUGGAGCAUCACUUCGGUAGGGUUAUGCUGAUUGACAUCUUCCCUGCAGACUUGACACAAACCCUUGAUUUUUAGAAGUCUGAGGAUGAAAGGAAGGGAACUCAGAUGGCUGUGGUAGGGAAAUGAGGAGCACCUCGAAGGCUCAUCUCUUCCAAGGGUUUUGCCCAGGCCUGCUUACUUGUGUACAAAUGUGAACGAGUGACUGACUGCUUGCUGCCAAACUGGAAAUGUUAUGUAGGGAUUUACUGGCAUGUUACUGGCAUGUUACAUGUUUACUGGCAUGUUAUCAUUCCUAGAAGAGAAGAAAAAAACCAAACUUGACUGCACAUCAUUAUUAUUAGUGUUGUGAUUUUAAUUUAAUUUUUUUGUAAUGCAAAGCUGACUUUUUUAUUUGAAUUUGUCUUUUUCUUGUUUUUGUUUUUGUUUUUUUUUUAAUUUAUUGGUCUGAAAGCCAUUUCAAAGGUAUAAUAAUAUAUUUGGUGUAAUUUAAUUGGUGCAACAUUAUUUUACAGCUGCGGCCAAAAUUGUUUGGUGGUGUUUUGGUUUUUUUUUUUUUUGUUUCUAUUCUCCCAAUCCUUGGUUGGUUUGAGUUUUAUGAGGCACACAGGGGAAAACGCUGGAUAAUCACCCAAAGUGUUUGUAUUUUUAAUCUGAUACUGUUUUUUAUUAAAUAAAAUGAAAUUAUUGUAACUGUGA